UCCCUCUUAACCUUCACGUCCUUGCUUUCAGUUUCUCUGUCAUGGUUCCUGAAAAUGGUAGCAGAUGUGCUAGAGUCAGCUGCUCCUCUUCUCUGGGACAUAUUGGUCUCUGUAAUGUCCCUCUGCAGCAUAGAGCUCUCUACUACCUUAUUUGCGUGCCUGCUAUAUAUCAGCAUCACAAGCGGCAUUGUUGCUUUUCUGCUAGUGCAGUCAGUCAGAUCAUUGCACAAGAAACUGAAUUUAACAACCAUUCCCUACUCGAGUAUCAGUAGAUAUUCAACUCCGGCGCCUUUUGUGACCACGCAAAUAUCUCUAGGCGCAUUAAUUAGCACUCCCGUACCGCCAGCUCUGCCUGGAGUUCAUCAACCCUCUGAACAGCCGCCUGUCCCUGAGGCACCAGCAAAAAUCGCUCGCCCCAAAACACGGCGUCGCGACCUGGAAAUCUCCCUGGCUGCUCACAUCUCAGGAGUGCAGGAAACAAGGACACCACCCAAGGAUAGGCAAUCCCCCUCUUCAGACCAUACAGUGAUUUGGCAUGGGCCAUAUCCUAACAGUAAACCGAAGUCUGAAGAAAGGGUCUCGUCUCCUUCAAUGACCGUUGCCUCUGCAACAUCCCAACUCUCCGUUGUUUCAAAAGCGGCUUUGUUAUUCUUCUGUAGAAUACUUGAGAUGGUGUUGGUCACUCAGAUCCCCUGCUGGCCGGUGAGGAUGUCAAAGUUCUUCCCACGGCGGCGGUGGUCUUCACUGGUGUGGCAAGGCAGGAGAACACGAAAGGCACGUAUCCCUCUUCGGUCAUGUUUCUCAGAGGUGGAUGUCCCUGCUUACAUCAACCGUAUCCGCCACUUGUCAUCUUGCUCAGCGGACAGCGCUCUCGCCUCUGAUUUAAGCGCCAUCAGCGUGCCAGACGUACCCAUGCCACUGAUUAAUAGAGACAAUCUUUAUUUGGGCAUGAAUAAUAGUCAGGUGUUUGGAUCUUUCCAGCGACAUUUCUCGGCGGUCUGCCUUGGUUCCAAUCUGAGACUGGAAACAGAUGUUAACACUGAAACCGCGCUAGACUAAAAAAAAAAAAUGUAUUUUAAGCCUUUAUUUAUAAAUAUCCUUGAAUCAUAAGAACAGUAUUCGACAUUUAUUACUUAUUGCUGAGCUGUAAAAAAUCAAAUCCUUAAUUGUGUACAUUAAUAAAAGAGUCGCUUGUAUUUUUUGUGGUUUUCUAGGAAUAA